ACCCGUGAAAAAGCUCCAAAGAAGCCAGUCUAGCCACCAACCUUCAUAACCUACUCAGUACAUAACACAGAGAGUGGAAUAUACUGGCCACUUGCUGUGCUGAAUCCUAUCCAUUUGUUUAACUUCAUCAUCUUCAAUCAACCAAAACAUCUGCGUGAUAUAGUCUUUGUCUGGACUAUAUUGAGAAAAUUCUUUCUGGAUCUUCUAACCACGAAGAACCUACAAUUCCCUCUCGACUGCCUUUGGUCUAAUCAAAGGCGAAACAUCCAGCACGGCUCCAACGGCCGCGAUACUAGUUUCUGAUCAAGAUUACUCCGAACGUCCUAACCGGCACAUCAUCAACACCACACCACCUCCUUUUGCUGCACGUUAAUCAGCUUGAGCGUUUGUUUUACGAGUUGUUUAACAACACCCCGUCUUCGUCCGAAACUCCUCAGCUGCCGCAUAGGACGAGUUUAAAGGGCCUUCCUCUCGCAGAGGAAGAGUCGAGCCGUCCUCGCCAGAUCAGCACAGGAUCUGAUCGUUAUAGACCACCUUAACAUACCCUUGGGCUUUCAAAGUACAAUAAACAAAUCACAACUAUAUCAAACAAUCCUUGGUUAAAUACGAGGAUAUGUCACCUUCCGCCACUAUUACCUACGAAAACAAUAACAAUCUUGAUAGUAUCGAAUCAUACUAUCCCAAAGAUUCUUAUAUUGAACUCAAUGGCGUGAAUACCGCAAAAACUAUAAUUGGAAAUGCUUUAAAGCAAAGGGUGGAAAAUAUUGAUAACGACAUCUGCGAGGCAGAUGACGAAGAUGCGUUCUUCGUCGCUGAUCUAGGCGAGGUUUACAGACAGCACAUGAGGUGGAAGAAGAAUUUACCCAGAGUCAAGCCGUUUUAUGCGGUCAAAUGCAACCCAGACCCACAAGUCAUUCGUCUCUUGGCAGAACUUGGCACAGGAUUUGAUUGUGCUUCCAAGGGCGAGAUAGAGCAAGUCCUCAAGGCUGGCAUCGACCCUUCUCGUAUUAUUUAUGCUCAGCCAUGCAAGACGAACUCCUAUGUUCGAUAUGCUGAGAAGCAAGGAGUCAAGCAAAUGACAUUCGACAACAGCGAUGAGUUAUACAAGAUUAAGAAAUUGUUCCCAGGGGCUGAACUCUUUCUCCGGAUCUCUACCGAUGACUCCUCGAGCUUGUGCCGAUUGAGCUUGAAAUUUGGAGCAGCCAUGGAUGCAACAAGCAAUCUUCUUGCUUUAGCCAGAGAACUUGACCUCAAUGUUGUUGGCGUUAGCUUUCAUGUAGGAUCCGGUGCCUCAGACCCUCUUGCAUUCAGGAAGGCAGUUCAGGACGCUCACACCGUCUUCGAACAAGCUCGCACCUAUGGCUACUACAUGCACACCCUCGAUGUCGGUGGGGGUUUCUGCACUGAAACAUUUGAAGUAAUGGCUUCCGCACUCAGUGAUGCUCUCGAGGAAUAUAUGCCAAAACACAUCAAAAUUAUCGGAGAACCUGGACGUUACUAUGUCGCUAAUGCUUUCACGCUCGCUUGCAACGUCAUUGCACGCCGAACCGUCGAAGAUCCCGAAACAUUGGAAAAGAGCUAUAUGCUUUACCUCAAUGAUGGUCUUUAUGGCAAUUUCUCUAGCAUCAUGUUUGAUCAUCAAAACCCAAUUGCUCAAGUUCUUCAAACUGGCAACCGCACUUACUUUGACACUCUGGCAAGUCAAGCAAUUCUCGGAGGUACCGAGUACUCAAUCUGGGGUCCAACUUGCGACGGUAUUGAUCGUAUCUCUGCAAGCAUUCGCUUCAAUCACAAUCUUGACGUUGGAGACUGGCUCUAUUUUGAGAGUAUGGGUGCAUACACCAAGUGUUCUGCAACGAGAUUCAAUGGCUUCACAGACAGCCAUGAUGUUAUCUAUGUUUCUAGUGAGCCAGGAGUCAAUGCCCUACUUGAAAUGUGAAAAGUUUCAGGUAGUCACUAUCUUUUAAUACGUGGUUUCUCAAUGAUGGUUGGUGGUAGAAAAGAAGAAGAAGGGGGAUGGUAUAGAUUAGCGUUGUAUGCGUUGUAUGUUUCUUGCUUGACUAGAUUUCCUUGGAUAUGAGAGAUUCAUUGAUUAUAAUACUUUUUUGUAUCAAAAAAGCGAAAUCGUUGUCUAUAUCGCUCUUUUCUAAGUUUACAUACAAAUAUAGAGAUGUUCAUAGAAUUUGAUCUACUUGUUGCAAUGAGU